AUGUCUUCGGGUGAACAAAUCCAGGAACCCGCCAGAAUGCGACGAUCCCCCUCCAAAGUCGGAUGGUGCCAAGUUGAAUCAUCUGUGCCAUUGGACUUGACUCCAUACUACAAUAACCAAGGAUUUGGAACGUACCCGGGAGAAGCCUCCUUCGACGUCCUGAAUCAAUCGUACCCUGCAUUCCCCGCUCUAGACUACGGAAACACCUCUUUCGCAUCCCGAACAGGCAUCCGCUACAACCUACCAGGAUACCGCGGACCUUCCACCCCAGACAACAUAAUCUGCUCAGGCCAAACGAUCAAUGUAUCAUUAGAAGGAAAGCCCUACUUCGCUGCAUCAUUCCUCCAUUCCUCGGAUGUACGCAGCAAGAAGGUACUCGGAAACGUCACGUUCAACUAUGCGGACAACACGACAUCAGUGAAAGAGCUUCGCAGCGAGCCGUGGUGGGCAUUUCUCACGAUAACGCGUGGAGAGCUCGUGUACGAUUCGUUCUACACGGACAACUCGACCAACUGGAACACAAGCCAUAUCUUCGAGUUUGAGGCCGCACUUCAGCCGGGGAAGAAACUAGUUUCAAUCACGCUGCCGAACACAACGAACACGACAGAGGGUCGGAUUCAUGUUUUCGGCGUAAGCCUUUGGGAAGGUAGUGAUGCUGGUAUUGGCGUCCAGAGCGCGAGACCGACCCAGAAGUGGUCGGAGGAUGGGUCGCAGCUUGUGGAAGUUAUUCUGAACAAUUCAGGUGACGAAUGUGUUCAUGGAGAAGGGUUAAGUAUUGAGAUCACGGGUCAGGGAGUUGAAACAGUCGAGGCUGGGUAUAUCAAACGACUAUGCCCUGGCGACCAGAAACGCGUCACUGUCGCUAUAUCCGGCUCAGGCGCAAAGGAUCUCGAAGUCAUAGUUAGCCAGCGCGAUGAAAAGAUCCAUUCUCGCUCUUUUAAAGAUGUACAAAUCGGGCUCACUAAAUGGACGACAGACCACCAAAACCUCGCCCGCCACGAGUCGCCGGAGUGGUUCGACAACAGCAAAUUCGGCAUCUUCAUCCACUGGGGCGUAUACUCAGUCCCUGGCUGGGGAAACUCGACGCCCUACGAAAGCUACGCUGAAUGGUUCUGGUGGUACACUACGCAUCUCGCGGGCGACAGGUCCAACUUCCGGGGCUAUCGCGAAGAGACCUUUGGCCCAGAACUCAACUACGACGACUUCUUCCCCAACUUCACUGCCGCCAAAUACGACCCCAAAGAAUGGGUCGAUCUGAUCGCAGACGCCGGCGCGAAGUACUUCGUCAUCACGACAAAACACCACGACGGCUUCGCUCUCUUCGACGCGGGGAACACUACAAACCGCACGAGUCUGCACUACGGGCCUCAGCGAGAUCUAGUCAAAGACCUCUUCGACGCAGCGCGCGAGCACCAACCCGCCCUGAAACGCGGCACCUACUUCAGCAUACCAGAAUGGUUCAAUCCGUCAUGGGGGCCCUACGGCUUCACGCAGUUCGACCGGCCCAGCUCGACGUCGCAUCCGGGCAUCAUCGCGCGGAACCCGUACACGAACAAGACAGAGCCGUAUACCGGUCACAUCGAGGUCGACGACUUCAUCACCGAUGUCAUGGUUCCGCAGAUGGAUAUCCUGGCGUACGAGUAUGGCACUGAUAUCGUGUGGUGCGAUGCUGGUGCUUCGAAUGGCACGGAUGGGUUCGCGGCGAGGUGGUUCAAUGCGGCGCGCGAGCAGGGGAGAGAGGUUACGAUUAAUUCGCGCUGUGGCACGGCGUUUGUGAAUGAUUUCGAUACGCCGGAGUAUGCGACGUUUGCGACGCCGCAGCGGCAGAAGUGGGAAAGUAAUCGUGGCAUGGAUCCUUUCAGCUAUGGAUAUAAUCGCGCAACGCCGGACGAGGAGUACAUGAAUGCGACGACCCUGAUCACGACCUUGGUAGACAUGAUUUCCAAGAACGGCAAUCUGCUCCUGAAUAUCGGUCCUCGAGCAGAUGGCAGCAUUCCCCAGGUUGAGAUUGACAAUCUAAGAGAGGCUGGAGAGUGGAUCAAGAAACACGAAGAGGCGAUCUAUAAUACUACCUAUUGGUUUAAGCAAGCUGAAGUCGUGGACGAGGGUGUGAACAUUCGGUUCACCCAGACAGAUGACGCGUUCUAUAUUCUCUCUUUGAUUGAACCAAUUGGUGGGAAGCUGGUCGUGGAUGCGCCGAUCCCAAUCUUGAAAGGGGAUAGGGUGGGUCUCGUGAGUGCUGGCGAGGAAGGUCAGGAUCUAGCUUGGAGUAACGACGAUGGUGUGCUCAUCAUUGAAGUCCAUGGCGACAUGGCUGCGAAAGUCGAUAAGUGUUGGGUUUUUAAAAUCGAAUACUUGGCUUAA